CUGACAACGUGCGCGCGUCCCAAAAUUUACAACACGCAUGCGUGUGCCACAAAUCAAUUGGAUUUCCUUUUAGAUGACAAAUUAACGUCUACUUUGCACAUAAUUUGUGUUAUAAAUACGAAACGGAUCCAACAGUUUUGCAGUGUGGCACAUUCUUGAAAUAGUUGUGGUAGAAACCAAGAGAUGUCCGUAAGUUUUCGGAACCAGAUAAACAGAUAAGAAAGGCAUCCACUGGACUGCGCUCUACAGAAAUCGUUUGUACUUUGUACACUCAGCGGAACAGUUUUCGAUAAUAGCAAGGCAUGCUAACGAUGUGUUUCGGUUUUGUCAAAAUGUCAAUUCCAAAUUGGCAGAAAGUCAAAUAGUGACUUUUCUCUAUCGCUGAAAGUAGCAAACGCAUUUCAGAAGGUAAAAAAGUGUCUGAUAAACGUUAUAGCAAUAAGAGAUAGUCGGCAACUUAAUUAGAAAUGGAAUUAUGGCAUGGAGAGACGACGCUUGGAGUUUCAGUAAUAAUCUCCGACGGUAUCAAACAUCACAUCAUAUCGUACGUCUUCGGCACACGCAAAAGUAGUAAUUAGUGACAACGCGUUGAUAAUUAACAAAAAUGAGCGGGAGUAAAAAACUAAUGAAGCAGUACAUUAAAGCGACCCUAAAUAUACUCCACCGUUUCAUUGAACUGGUGGCGAGAUUCAUUUUUAAGUUAACUUAUGGGACCACCGGACAAAAAAUGCCCCCUAUUAAGGAUCUUAUUUUAUUGGAAUCGGUCACAUCCGUUGCGUAUAAAAUUAGAACAAGAAAAGUGUCAAGUGUACAAGUGCUGAAUUCCUUCAUCGAGAGAAUAAAGGAAAUCAAUCCGUUACUGAAUUGCGUUGUCGCCAAUCGAUUUGAGGAGGCCCUAAAGGAGGCGCAGGCAGCCGACGAGCUGAUAAGGAGUGGAACGAUAUCAGAAAAUGACCUUGCCCUAAAUAAACCAUUUUUGGGGGUGCCGUUUACCACCAAAGAUUGCAUUGCUGUAAAAGGAAUGAUUCACACAUCGGGGCUUUACUGUAGACAAAAGAUAAUCGCCGCAGAAGACGCCGAUGUGAUUAUGAGACUGCGUAAUGUUGGUGCUAUUCCUUUGGCUCUCACGAACGUUUCGGAAUUAUGCAUGUGGUGGGAAUCCGCAAAUGUUCUCCAUGGGCGCACGUGCAAUCCGUACGAUACAAAUCGGAUUGUGGGCGGAUCUUCCGGUGGGGAAGGAUGCAUACAGGCGGCAGUUGGGUCAACUUUUGGAAUUGGGUCCGAUAUCGGUGGUUCCAUAAGGAUGCCCGCAUUUUUCAACGGUAUAUUUGGUCAUAAACCAUCAGAGGGAAUUAUAUCGCAAAAGGGGCAGUACCCAACUCCUGUUUCCCAAAUACAACAAAGAAUGCUUGGUAUUGGUCCCAUGUGCCGUCGUGCCAAGGAUAUACUUCCUAUCUUUAAAGUAAUCGUCGACAAGUCUGCGGUUGAUAAAUUGAGGCUUGAUGAUAAAACCGAAAUCACGAACAUCAAGAUCUAUUAUCAAGACUGCGACCUGAACUGUACAAUGGUGUCCCACAUCAACCCAGAUAUAAGGCAUCUCUUUACCAAAAUAAACACACAUUUUUGCAAAGCACAUAAGAUUGUACCUCAAAAAGUCGCAAUAAGCCGUUUCCGAAACAGUGUAGGGAUGUGGAUGGCUGGCAUGACACCGGACGACGGGCCGCGAUUCGGUGAACAAUUAACCAAUCUCAAUGGCAGCAUAAACGUAUCGCUUGAAUUGCUCAAGUGUCUAUUUAGGGUUUCCAAGCAUACGUUUAUUGCGAUAGUAACGACAAUUUUAGAUCGAUUUUCUCCAAAACCGGGCGACUCAAAACAUAUGUACAUGGUGAAAGAAACUAAGAUUCUGCAGCGCGAACUUUCCGAAUUAAUGGGUGAUGAUGGAGUUUUGAUACUUCCAACGCAUCCAACAUCGGCGCCUUAUCACAACGAGCCCAUUAUUAAACCGUUAAAUUUUAUAUAUACCGGCAUUGUGAAUGUUUUAGAGUUCCCUGCAACUCACUGUCCAUUAGGCUUAGAUUCUCACGGGCUUCCAAUUGGAGUUCAAGUUGUUGCGAACAAUUACAAUGAUAGGUUGUGUUUUGCUGUUGCAGAAGAGCUUGAACGAGCUUUCGGAGGGUGGGUUCCUCCUACAGUAGACGUAUAGUAAGUAUACAUACUGACGUUAUACGUAUUAAACAUCUGUGAUGUGUCUACAAUUUUGCAAGCAGUAAUGAACAUUAAAGUAAUGUAGUUAUCUCAGGUGAUAAAUGCGUUUAGUGUGACUACAACGACGGUCUGCAUUGGUAGCUUAUCAUUGCAACAUGUUAUUCUUUGGGUAUUAAUUCAAUUUAUGGAUGAAUUUUAUAGAUAUUGUGAACGUUAAUAUAAAACAAUCUGUAACAAACACCAAAAACUACAAAUUCGAAGAGAGCAUUUCCUACACUUAAGGUGUGUUUUGACCCUUGUUGUUUGUUACAGAUUGUUUGCUGUUUUGGCCUCAUCACUAAAUACAGGUAACUGACGAUGAAAUUCAUGGAAACAUGGGACCAGCCCAAGGGUCUAGGACACUUCGCCGAAACGAUUUUUUGAUGGUCCAUAUCGCCGACCGUGCCCACAUCGUCGACAAGUGCGUAAGCGACACAACGCCGACCAUGCCCACUUCGCCGACCGUGCCCACAUCGCCCAAACGUGUGCAAAGGGACAUUAAGCCGAACGUGACCACAACGUCGACUAUUCGAAAUAUCAGGCCCCUCAUACUCACUUGAAUUUUUGUAUGAGUUUGCAUUUUAAAAAAU